AUCGAAAUAUCGAGGAGCGUGACGUGUCGCGUAUUGCCCGUCUUUCGGUAGGAAGGAGACAGAAGACUGUAUUCUGUCCUCUUCUACUAUCCGAAGCUAGCCGAAGCGCCGAGCUCACACGUACGCUUACGCUCACAUCCUCAUUACCCCCUCCACGCCGUGUUGCAUGUUGCUUGCGGCGGAGAUCUGGCAGCUUUGUGGUCAACUCUCAUCUUUUCCGGCUUCCGACUUCCGAUAGGCCUUACGACUGGAUGCAAAUAUAAUAUAACCUCUAUUUUAACCUCUUUAUUUUUCUUCAUUUUUAUCAUGGAACAUACAAAUUUAGACGAAAUAAUUAUUGAUUUUGUGCGUGAAAAUUAUUGUUUAUAUGAUAAAUGUAAUGUGGAUUUUAAAAAUAUUAGGAAAAAGAAGGAUGUGUGGAAAAAAAUUUCCGAAACUUUGCAAAAUGUAUAUGGGGUAAAUAUGUCAGCUGAAGAAGUUGAAAAACGAUGGUCAUCUUUAAGAGACAUGUUUGGUAGAGAGAAAAGACGACAAGCAUUACCACUUUCUGGUUCUGGAUAUGAACCUGUAAAGGAAUGGGAGUUAUAUAAAAAUAUGUCAUUUUUAACUCCUCAUGUAGCUCACAGAAAAACAAAAACAUCAUUUGUUCAACAGAAUCAAUUACAAACUUCAUUACUUGAAACAAAUACAAGAAAUACUUUUUUACCUUUAAAAAAAUUCAAGCAAUCUUCCAAUAUUUCUUUAUAUGAUCACAGUUACAGUGGAUCUGUUCAAUCAAUUGAAGAGAAUAAACCGUCAUUAAAUAUUGAAAAUGAGGAAAUAAUUAUGACAGAUGAUAACGAGAUUUUAAAUAGGCCUGCCAGUACACUUUCUAACAGUAGUAGUGCUAGUAUCCUAUUUUCGGAGACAAGUACGAGUUCCAAUUCGGUAAACUUAAAAACUCCAUUAAUAUUAAAGCCUCUUAAAAAGAUAAUGCCAGAAAUGGAUGAAUUUGCAAGACGUCGGAGGAGCAAAGAUGAUAAAAUUGAUCGCGAUUUAGCAGAAACAAGUAGAGAAAUAUCAGCUGCUAUAAAAGAAGUAUCAUCUCAAAUGCAUUAUGAUAAGCAUUUCAAAGAUGGUUACCAUAGAUGUUUGCCAUAGAAGAGGGAUUGAAGUAUAUUUCUUCUAAAAAUAAGACACAAUGUCUUAUAGAAGUUCUCCAAAUUAUUCAAAAAUAUGAGGAAA